CCGCGCGGCCAGGCCGGGCCCGCUCCGCGGGCUCCUCGCUUCCGCCCCUGUACCGGGGCACAGCGGCUCCGCCCCGGCAGUGCGGCGCCUCCCCUGCCGCCGCCUGACCGGAACAGGUUCCUCGGCGGCGCCAGUCUCGUCGCGGCUGCAGGUCCGGAGCGUCUCCGGCCGCCUCUUUGUCCUUCUUCCUCCUUCUCCUCGGGGGCAGGUGGAGACCUCUCAUCUACCAUGGCAUCACGACUUGCUCCAAAAGUGAAUUCCACACAGGGAGAGUCUCGGUGUAAGGAGAAACAUGUGGUUCUCUUCAGCCCUGUGGGGAAGCUCAAGAUCUCUGGGUGUGAAACAGGCUUGCAUGAAAUCAAACUUCCAAAGUUGAGCGUGCUGCCAAGUGGCAGGGCAGAGUCCUCAGCUGUUUGCGAGGUGUGUGAGGGCGCAGAGGAGAUGACAGAGCCGCUGAAGCAGUGCACGGACUGGCUGCGCGCCUACUUCUGCGAGCCAGUGCGGACAGCCAGCCUUCCUGUGCCAGCCUUCCACCACCCGCUGCUCCAGAGAGAUUCUUUCACCCGACAAGUGCUGUGGACCCUGUUCAGAGAUGUGAAGUUUGGGGAGGCUAUUUCGUACAAGCAGCUGGCAGAUCUGGCAGGCAAUGGUAGAGCAGCCAGAGCAGUGGGAGGAGCAAUGAGGAGCAAUCCAAUCCCAAUCAUCAUCCCAUGCCACAGGGUGAUUCGCAGCAGUGGGCAGAGUGGCAACUACGGUGGAGGAAGCCUGAUGAAGGACUGGUUGCUGUCACACGAGAAGCUCCAGAAAGAGAAGUUAGCAUAUUGAUGCAGCUCAGCCGCCACCGCCGCUAACCAGCCAAGACGUACAACCGCGGCUCCUCGCCUCAUAACAAGCUCUCUCAGCACCCAGCAGAAUUCAGGGAAAUGGUAAAUAUUUGAGUGACAGAGAAAUAUAAUGCAACAUCCAAAGUGAAAUGUGUGGUGGCACCACUGUAUUAAAAAAGCGAGAUGCGUCCUGAGGGAUGCAGCUCGGCUGCCCUUUCUUGUUUUUACAUUUUACAGCAGAAUGACUACAGCGGUCCAGGCCUGGUGUGCGUGGAUUUUGUUCCCAUCUCCAGCCCUGUUUUGUUCUAUUUUUAAUGUCCAUUAAAGCAAGGAUAAGGGAAGUGGGAAGGCCGUGGAAAAUGCGAGGUGCAAGCCUUUCCCUAAGGAAGCAGCUGGCUUGCCGAGGGGGCAGACAGCAAGCCCAUGCCUGGGCUCUCUCCUGCCCGGCUUGUUGCUGCCAGCUCCUCUUCAGGGCUCCACUCUCCUUUUUUGGGGCUGAAAUGGCAUUUUAGUUGAACAAGAGUUAAGGGAGCACACAUUGAGGCAGAUUCAAAAGCAAGCAGCUUUUGAAUUGCUUGUUCCCAGCUUUUCAUUUUGGAGUAGGAGAGGAUGGGAGUAAAUACUUUUGCUUUUGUGGCUGCUGCAAAAAAAAAAGCAGUUGAAGAGAAGCUGCUGCCAAAUUGUCUGAAAAUUGUAUGUUAAAAAUCAGCACAAUUUGGGCAGAAUUUUGAAAAGCUCAUCAGAGCAGCACAUUUCCUUUUAUCAUUGAACUUUUUUUUCCCUUUAACUUUUGUCUUUGUUACGCAAAGCUUUAUUUCCCUGCUAAAAGGAGCUGAGCAUUCGAGAGAUGCUAGAGCUAAAUUUUGAGGUGGGUCUUUAAGCAGCGCUCUCCACAAGUACAAGCCACCAGCAGCUGGAAUUUUCAGAGUGGGAAUCAUAAAUUGUAAGGUGGAAAUACUGAUUUUUCUUUUUUUUUUUAAUGUGUUUUAUCAUAUUUUCAUAGAUGUCUCUUUAGAAAGGCCAUCGCCAACCAAGAAAUUAUUGUGCUGCGGUGCGUUAGUUAAUGUAGUAUUAUUGAUACCUUGGAAUUACUCCAAUAAAAAAACUGCUUUGCAUGUGCAA